CUCUAGAUAUUGUUCGUUUGUCCCGGCCGCGUCCUGUCAAUCAUGUUCGCGGAUCGAAUCACUUGUCCUCUAUUCUCGCGUCCAUCUUGCUUCCUUCUGGGUGUUUAGACGCCGCCCCUAAUGCGCUGUCACACACAUAAUCUACUUUUUCGUUUUCCAUUCGCUACUUCGUUCGCGGAACGUCCUGUGUGCCAAAAGGAUCAGGUUCCUACUGUGUGUCGUCGGGAGUUGGCAGUGAUUCUGAAGUCAUGGCAGAGUUGGCGGCACUCCUGAGACAUGAGAUUCCCGAAGGAAGAAACAAUCUGGCCGACAGUCACACGAAUCUGGAAAGGGUGGCGGAAUAUUGCGAGGCGAACUACUUCCAGUCGGAGAACAAGAGAAUCGCGCUGGAGGAGACGAAAAAUUACACCACCCAAUCUCUGGCCAGCGUGGCCUAUCAGAUAAACACUCUGGCAUAUAAUUUCCUUCAAUUAUUAGACCUUCAGACGUCCCAGCUCGCGGAAAUGGAGAGUCAGAUGAAUCACAUCGCUCAGACGGUCAUGAUUCACAAGGAGAAAGUUGCCAGAAGGGAGAUUGGCGUGCUGACAGCCAACAAAAUGACAACUCGCCAAUAUAAAAUCAUCGCCCCCGCGAAUCCCGAAAAACCUAUUAAAUACGUUAGGAAGUGUAUUGAUUAUACAAUUUUAGAUGAAAUUGGACAUGGUGUACGAAGCAGUGGUACACCAAGGAGCAAGCAGAGAGGAGGUAGUCAGGGCAGUGUUCAGAGUUUAGGUGCUGCUUCUACAGGUUCAGGCUUAGGUGCUGCUAUGGUGGGACCUGCUCCUACCACCAAACCACCCACACCACCUCAGACAGUAAGAACUGGAACGUUGAGUAAAGGCUCGCGCGAAUAUAGGACUCCACCAGCGGUAGCUCCGCCCCAAGUUCCUAGUCAUUACGCUCCCAACUAUCCGCUCGGACAUCCCAGGCGAGAUCGCGGUCCUGGAUACAGCACUCUACCGUUGCAUGCUCACAAUACGACGAGUUCCCACACGACAAGCCACAACGCCAAUCACAACGCGCACACCAACACCAUCAAUCAGCAUGCGACCAUACCACAAGUGGGAACAGUACAUCCUCUGCAGAGUCAUCCGCAAACGCCUCCGCCAGCGCCGCCAAGUGUCACAGCAGGUUACGUGCAGGAGCAGCACAACAAUAUGCCUCCUCCGCCUUCACCUUUGGUCGGGCUAAGCGGUGACAUGGCAGAAUACACCGGGCAUCACACUCUUCCCCACAGAUUGUCACAUCAAGUAAGUCGUGGCAGUGGUGCCAGCAGUCCGCCUCUACCGCCUCCACCACCACCGGAACAGGAGGAACAUCCGCAAUUCGGUAGACCGACUCCGUCCUCUGGUGCUAUAAUGCCAAUAGUGCCGGACGAGGAGGAUUUACCUGGAUGGGUGCCAAAAAAUUAUAUUGAGAAAGUGGUAGCUAUUUAUGAUUAUUAUGCUGACAAAGAGGACGAAUUAAGUUUCCAAGAGAGUUCUGUGAUCUAUGUGCUCAAGAAAAACGACGACGGCUGGUGGGAGGGAGUUAUGGACGGAAUAACCGGAUUAUUUCCGGGUAACUAUGUCGAACCGUGCGUAUAAAUCUGCAAACCAUGAG